GUGUCCUGACUUCCUUUGUGGCCUCCUGGAUGAGUCAUUGCUGUUCUCUUGGGGGUGUCUUUGGCUGGCCCAUCCUGGGAAGGUUCAGCACUGUUUCAUGUUUUUCCUAUGUGAGGAUAAAAGCUCUUUCUAUGGUUCGCUGGAAUCCUAAAGCUUAAGAAAUGGCUUUUGUAACCCUUUCCACACUGAUAGAUGUCAAUUACUUUAUUUCUUGAUUGUUCUGGAAUUUUUUUGGAUCGUGCCAUUUUGUUGUAGCUUUUUUAGAUAUUUUGUCGGGACAGAUUCUGUUUAAGUGAUUUCUUGAUUGCACAGGUCUGGAGGUAAUCAGGCCUGGGUGUGAUUAGUGAAAAUUAACCAAAAAUUGUGAUUAGCCACGAUUAAUUCAUGAUUUAACAUGGGGGUAAUUACUUUUUCACACAGGGCCAGGUAACUGAAUUAUUUUUUUUCCUUAAUAAAUGACAUCUCCAUUUAAAAACAGGAUUUUUACACACACAAAAAGCAGAAGAAAUCACAAAACUUUUGAAUUUACAGUAAGUAUAUUUCAAUUAUAUUUUGUGUGACAUUAGAGACCUUGGCGGCACGGUGGACGACUGCCUCACAGUUCUGAGGACCGGGGUUCAAUCACCGGCCCCGCCUGUGUGGAGUUUGCAUGUUCUCCCCGUGCCUGCAUGGGUUUUCUCCGGGCACUCCGGUUUCCUCCCACAUCCCAAAAACAUGCAUGGUAGGUUAAUUGAUAACUCUAAAAUUGCCCGUGAGUGUGAAUGGUUGUUUGUUUCUAUGUGCCCUGCGAUUGGCUGGCAACCAGUCCAGGGUGUACCCCGCCCCCUGCCCGAUGAUAGCUGGGAUAGGCUCCAGCACGGCCACGACCCUAGUGAGGAGAAAUGGAUGGAUGGAUUGAAAUUCUGAUAUAUAAACAUACAAACAUAUGUCGAGAUAUAGAAUUGGUAUAUAAACAUCAAUACGACUGUUUUGUUUGUAAAGAACAAAAGCAAAACUAGGAAACACACAAGAAACAAAAAAAAAUGGGCAAAGGUUAUAAGGCACAGUACUUUUCAUUCAAGGUCUAUUAAUGAUAAAUCAAAUUAUUGUGGAGUAUGAAUACUUUUCCAAUUAUUUGUUAGUUUUAAGGUAUUUGUGUAGAAUGUUUUUUUUUACAAGAAAUAUUUGUAAAUUUGGAACGUAUCUGGAGAUUCUCAUUUUGUGUGAGUGAGUAAAAAUUGCCAAUUAGUAUAUUAGAAUCGUAUCUAACAUUAUUGUAAUGUUUUCUUCGAAUGACGUGUUCGUCAAAGCUAAGCCCCUCCCCCAAAUACAUAUUCGCGACGUUUUAUUGGUGAAUUUCUUCCCGGCAAAAGUCUCGUUAGAUCUCUUACUCUCAACAUGGCCACACCGAGCCGGGAGAAAGAUUGGUUUCCCUCGAGUCUCUUGACCUUUUGCACCACUUCUGUCACCUCUUGUUUUGCCAGUAGUGACCCAGGACAAAGUUGCUCUUCCAUCCGGCUUGUGUCCUUAUCUUCUGUGCUGCUUCUUCUCUCAUGUCUUUAUCUCAUGUGUCAGAGGUGCAAACAGCAUGGAGGACAUCCAGGACACAUUGUGACUUCUCUCUACUGUUUCCUUGGUAAUGUGUGUGGAUUCACUGGAGCGGUUUUGUCCAGACAGCUGCACAUUCAAGUUUUAAUGGGACUUGUCUCUGCUGCUCUGGACAUGGUAAAUGUUAUCUCCCGCUGUAUUCCACUGCUUCUUUGCAGGAACUUGCAAGAAGAAAGAAGGCGAAGAAUGAUCAGGAGGCGCAGGAGAUCUCACCUUCUUGCAGUUUGUUUUCUGACCGCACUUACUGGAGGUUUCCUAAAGUCAGGUGUCCUCCACAGUCCAGCAGGAGACAGGCUCAUCCGAGGGAGGAGGCUGUUUUAUGUUGUCAUGCAAGACAACACUGAAAUCCUUGGUUACAUACUUGGCCUACUGGCUUUUGUCAUCACCUGUACCUCCAAGUUCCCCACACUUUACAGAAUUCACAAAGGGAAGAUGCUGUCAAGAUCUCAUAUUUUUUCUUGGGUGCUAUGCUCACUGGCUGGCGCCCUCUAUGUUGCUGCCAUACUUCACUACGACACUCGGGUCAGCUUCCUCUUCAGGGUAAUGCCUUGGCUGCUGUCUGCAGUCUGUGGUGCCUCGCUGGAUCUUCUGACUAUUGUCCUCCACUGGUGUCACAUGGGAACCAGGCAGCAGCCUAUGGGAAUUUUCUCUGAAAUGGAGAGCCUCUUGGGCAACUCAUCAAAGGACAAUGCUGUUGUGAAGCAUCAAGGAAAACAAGGCCAAAAAUUCAAUUUGACGGAUAUGGGCCGUUAUAUGGACGUCAGUAUUGACACCGCAAAACAAAUGCACCCCAGAGAUGCAACAGUGUGUGGGAAGGUAGUGGACAACAAGGUUCUGAGCAGGACAUUCCCAAUGGUACGAGUUGAUGGUUGUGACACAUCAUGUGACUCUUCAAUUGUCAGUUCUGAUCUAGAGUGGGAUUUUGAAGAGGGAAAUGCACGGUGGAAUGAAGCAAAAGCAAAACUACAGGACGGAGAGGUGUUCCCCUUGCAAGAGUGGCCAAAAUCUGAUACCGGCAUUUGCCUAUAUGACGAUCGUGAGAAAAGACAAGGGAGUUCAUGGAGUGAAUGACAAGAUGACGAGCACCAUGUAAAAAAGGAGCCAACGUUGAACAUGGACCAUGCAGUGAGUCAGUGUCGCGCAUGCCACAUAUUUGCCAUCAAAAGCCCUUUCUCAGUGUUGUUUUAUAAAAGAUGUUUGAGGUGGCAAUAAAGCAAAUAAUAUAUCGUCAAAUCACUCUCUGUUUCUUUUCACAAAAAGCACAUUUUCUCUAUUGGUUGGAAAUGGGUGUUUUCAGUAAAACGAACCCAUCUUCUACUGCAGAUUAAUAAAGAACACAAAAAGGUAGAA